AAGAAACUGCAAGGAAAAUACGAUAUUUUUGAUUCAGCUAAUAAACCGUUCUCUGUUUACUGUGACUUGCAGUCAGAACGUGGCUUUGUAUGGGCAUUGAUACAGUCGUUAUCCUUUGCCAAUAAGGCCACAUAUAAGGAUAAGGGGUUUGGCACAGAUUUUCCUGUAAAUGACAAUAACAAUGAGCCGGACUGGAACUCUUACCGCCUUUCCUUAUCAGAUAUACAGUCUCUCUCAAAUCACUCCACACAUCUGAGAGUAACAUGCAAGUUACCUGCAGAUAGCCUGCAGUAUACGGACUACGCACGCGCAGUUCUGGCAGGUCAUGACAUAUUCGGUGACUGGGGUGGAGAUUGCAAACUUUUUGAGUACAUUAACAUCCGUGGAAUUAACUGUUCUGAUUGCACCGCCUACACGAGAAUGGCUCUUAAUAGUGCUUGGUUCGUGAACAGCUUCAAAAGCAAGGAAAACGAAUGCGAUUUUAAUGGGUCACUAGAAGCGGUUGACAACGAAAAUAAUUUUGGACGGUAUCAUUCCGGAGCGAUAAAUACGAAUCACCGCUGCUCCUCUUCGGAUCCUUCUACAACGUAAUAUUGGUUUGGGUUAAACAUGAAUAGGUUAUUCUAAGUUCCAAUAAUCUACUAAAACUAGAAUGAGUUGUGAGUAUUAGAUAAGGUUUUUGUUUUUCUUGAAGUAUUCUAUCUUUUAUUGGUUGUGGUUGCUUUUUGUUUUGUUUUGUUUUUUCCAACAUAGGCCUUUGGUUUCUCGGAAAUGUUUUUUUUUUAAAUCGAAGAAAUUGCUCUUCAAUCUCGUUACAGCCGCUUCCCAUAAGAUGUUUGGUAGUAUGACUUUGAGAGAACGCUUUUUCAACGAGUUUUGUCAAACCGAAAAAAUACAGACAGCCAAUCAGAACAAUAUAUGAUAUCACAGGAACUAUUAGGAAAUCAAAGAGAAACAAGUAAACCGUUGUAAUCUGUGAUUGUUUUUAGCUAUGCAUUGCUUAGGUAAGAGAUUAUCCCGAGUUUUCUAUACCAAAAAUGCAAAGCUAAUGCAAUCUUGGCUCCCUUUUGAAAACAGGAGCAAAAUUGCUCUGUAGUAGUAGUGAAGUAAUGAUUCAUGGCUUGUAUGCGUCAGCUAUCAUACGAAUAUCUUCAAAUACGCCUUACGAACUUCUAUAUAAACUUAUAUCGGUAACAUACACAUGAUCCUAAAUUAAAUUAAGAAGCCUAAAAAAUUGAAAUAUAUUAUCUUCAGGAGUUAGAACAAUCAAGGGUAAACACCAACUGUUGCAUAACUUAAGACGAAGACUAAAUUGCACAGUUGCACUAAGUUUGUUCGAAUAGGACUUGAUAGCCAUAGAAAGGGGCAGCAUCACAUUUCAUUUAAUCGCCUGAAUGCUGUUUCAUCAAUUUAUGUAACCUCAGAUACUAGUUUGAUAUUUGUAUUGAGAGUGAAAGAGAAAUUUGCAGUUAAAUGACUCGGAAACCGAUCUCUUCUCCAGCCUGGUAAAUACAUCUCAGGAGUCUGCAGAAUGAUAGAAGUCAACUUUCAUAUUUUUGCACAAAGAAAUCUUUACAUCUUUGAAGUCGAAAACGGCUCACUUUGUAUCUAUUGUUAAGAGAACGAGUCCACUAUGUACCUGGUCGAAGGUUUCGAAAAGUGGUUUCAUAAUAAAAAUGCCCUCUCUUUCUCGCCACCCGGCUUCAGUAAAAAUUGUCAUUUAGGAAAGCUCCCUUUCGGGACAGAUCUUACUACAAAAACUUUUAAUUUCUCCUUCUUCUUUGCUAAUUACCAUCAAGCCUGGCUUGAACGUCCAGUUUUGUGUAACAUUAGUGUACAGGUUUGCUUGUGAGUAUUAGUAUCUGUAUUUAUUUUGAAUUUUAUGACGUGUAGAUUCUUUUUCAUGAAGCUUUUUAAAACGGAUAAGUACUGGUUAGUAUCUGUUUGGCGAAAAAAAAACUUUACGGACGAUCAUCUUAACGCCUAGCUGCCAGUCUUCGUUUGGGGUGAAUGACUACUAUGUUCCUUAUGUGCACAUCUUUCUAGAAAAAGGUUAGAGUUUGUGAACGACUUUGUGAUAUUUUACAAUUUUUUCAUGCAAUUUUUUAAUUUAUGAGUGAAACUUUACACAUCGUUGAGCGAUUGAAACUGUGAAUGAAAUAUCAGUGGCAAACUGUGUCGAUUAAAACAAGUUGGUCAAAAAACAACCGGUUCAAUCAUUCGUUCUCGCUUAUCGAUAAGUUGAGUGAGUAACGUAAGUAAAACUUUCCAUCACUUAUCAAUUACAACGUGGCGCUGAUUAAGAAAAAUUCUCACAUGCAGGCUUACGUUCUGGGCGUUGGCUCAUCUCAGGUUUUUCCAAGCAGCACUUAACUGAUACAACAAUCAUGUCAGUUUAGAACUAAAUAAUUGAUUUGUCUACGUCCUUCUUUUUUGUUCAUCUUGGUCGUUCAUGUUUUCACAUUUUCCCAAGGAUCUGCUUUAGUGUUCCUGUCGCUAUCAUUUUUUUGUCCAUUUACCUGAUGUAAACAAAAUAUACAAUGCACGCAUUCAAAACUGAAUUAUACCUCAGAAAGCAGAAAGUAGCCGCUAAAUACAAGAGAACAAGAAUGAGGCCGUUCAGCAACAAAAUUGGAAAAAAAAUUAUUCGCAAGCAUCUCCUCAAAAAGGUUUCAGCUCUGUUUGUCCUCGGUGAGUUACGAUUACAUCUGGCUUCUAAAUCAAGCAUAUUUACGUCACAAGUUAGAAAGUAACAACGAAAACGAAAAAUUUAACCACGUAACAUUUGUUAACAUUGAAGAUUUUUGAAUGCAAAAUGAUUCCAUUACACUAAUUUUCACAAAAAAUUACGGUGUUUGAUUUAUAAUAUCCUUGUUUAUGUUGAAUUUCUGCUAUAUGUAUAUUCUUUUUCAUGAAGUUUUUUCAAAUGGGUAAGUAUUGGUUAUUAUCUGUUGGCAAAAACAACUUCACGGACGGUCAUUUUAACACCUAGCUGUGUGUCUUCGUUUGUGUUGAAUGACUACGGAAAAAAAAAUAAAACAACUUAACGUCAACAAAAAUGUCUGGAGAAACAGUAAAAUUGCUUCGGGUGAUAUUUUAUUUCGGUGUUUUUACCAUUAUUUCCAGUUUUGAUUACUUGUAGACUACUCAAUGGUGAAGUCUGACUUUAAUCUCUACUCUAGUUGACGCUUUUAAAUUGUGAAUGGAUGGCAUAAGGUUUUGAAUAAUUCGUAUCAUCCGGCUCCUGUUCAAAAUAUACAUAAUGUGAAGGGAGUAUCAAUGAUAACAAGUGUCCAGCAAUAUCAUCUAUGUUCCUUAUUUGCACAUCUUUCUAGAGAAGGGUUAGAGUUUGAGAAAGAUUUUGUGAUAUUUUAUCAUUUUUCAUAUCAGGUUUUUCCAAGCAGCAGUUGACUGAUGCAACAAUCAUGCAAGUGUACUCACCUCGGGUUUACUCGAACUAGCACCUUAAUGACUUCAACAGCCUUCCUUCAUGGUUCAACCCUGAUUCAUGGCCAAGAGAUAAUUGUGUAGAUAAUUAUGACAAUUACAGAUAAUAAGGGAGCUAUGCGCCUUAAUUUGCUACCGUUCGUUUGUUACAUGUGAUUUGUAAGGAUGCCUGCUUGUAUCUAUAAUCAUAUUUCCCAUAUUUUGAAUCAUAUUUUGAAGCCAUUAGCGAUGAGAUUUAGAGAAGGAAGAAAUUACCAUAAUCAGGUGAGGAGCUACACUGUGCCAAAGUUGUAGUAAACUUAAGUUGUUUAGUCUAUUUUAUUCAAUUCACUAGGCAGACGAAUAUCCUGAAGUGAUCUAGUCCGUCAAAAGUGAAAUUCCUAUCAUGAAAACCAAAUAAAACAGUCUAAAGUAAAUUCCUUGUAAGGUAACUGUCCAGUAAAUUAAAAAGUUUCGGAACAUUACACAUUAUUAUGAUAAAGUUCGGAUAUAACGCCUGCUGAAAUUGGUUAAAAGAGCUUGCUCUAGGAGAGUAUAGAGCAUGGAGCUGAGCCAAAGCUGUCACGCUAUCUACCAAAUUGUAUUAUGUCCGACCUUUCCGGGACUUCUCUCUAUCUUUUUUUCGAUGAUUGAAAGUGAAAUUUCGGAACAAGCGAGACGGCGAGUAGCAACGGAGGAACCAAAUCAAGGUUUUUAAACAUGCCAGGCGCCAUGAUUUACUUUACUGAAACGUGUACAGAGUCGAAAAUCCUCAAGUAGAAAACAAAAUGGACAGACCGAGUUUGAAAGGGUUUCACGCUCAGUUAGAUUGCAAGCUUAUGUGCGGUAACAAAAAUCAAACACAGCUCAAAACAGAACAAAACAGGAAUGGUGAAAAAUAUAACCAAACUGGCCUACCUGUUAAAAUUCAUACGACUCAUGACGGUGACAGAGCGACUGCGAUCAUCAUGGCGAUCUCCGGUCAUCGCAAUGAAGCAAGCCUCAGAAACUACAUCGGCCGCCCUUCGAGUGAAAAAAUAAGAGCUUGCUCUGAUAUCCUUUCUGAUGCGUCGAGUGGAGGGCCACACCAGUCACUGCAGCCUAGUUUUACGGUGUUGUCAUCCCGAGCGAUCAUCAUGUUCCGGUGAAUUCGGCUGUCGUUCAUUCCUAAAACUUUUGCCUUAUAAACUUUGUUUUCUACUUGUCAUGUGAAAAAACUUGCUUGUUUUUAUGAGCCACAAUUCGGCAGAAGUUCACUAAACAUUUCACUUUCAGAUUCUGUAGAAGAGACUAAAAAUCUUCAGGCAAAAGUGUUAAAUUCGACCUGCCGAGCUAUUUAAGUUUGUAAACUAACGCAGAAUGUGAUGGUUUGACAUUUUUUACAGCUUUAGUCUUGUACAGCCAAUCAGAUUAUUUGAAUCAUUCUAACAGGGAUUCUGAUUGGCUUAUUGCUGCGUGCUUUAUGAGAGUAUAGAGCAUGCUGACGACACUGAUGUCCGCCUUGGAAAUAAAGUUUGUUUUUAAAAUUGAAAUUAAUGCUUGGGGAAUUUAACGGAUUCUUUCAUUAUAAAACAAACAGUGAAGCCUUGACUGUGCUCAUACUGUUCUGUUGUAAAGAACAGAGCACAGCGUCUCGUGUUUCUCCCUAUAGUUCUUUCGUGCUUUAGCCGCUUCCUGCGUGCUUCAUUACAGAACAGAGCACAGUCCACGCUUCUCUAUUUGUUAAAUAGUCACCGCCACAGAAGGGCUCUCAUGUUUGACAGUCGAACUUGACGGGGGGUCUUACUGUUUUGGAAAACAUCGCGAUUCUUAUCUAAAACAUUCUAUAAAGCUGCACUUAUGAACGUAAAUAAUUCAUUUUAGUUCUUCAAGUUUUUCGGUUUAAUGAUUACAGUAAAUAAAUUUGUUGGUGAAAGUAAUAGAGAUAAUGUCCACCACUAUUCACCUCAACUUCAGUGAAUAAUUACUAACUGACUCUACAGACAGAACUUAUGUGUUUUUCCAGUCUACGAAUAGAAAAUAAGAUCAAAGUUUCAAGUUAUCCGACUGGUUUGUACUCUAUUCCUUUUCUUAAAACUGGAAAAGAAACCAGCCAUACGGUUGUGAAAUUUAUGGGUGUGGCGAAACUUGCGAUAUUUUCAUUCAUCGAUGGAAAGAAAGCUUACUUUAAGAGCUUUCAUUAAUAUUCUAUAUCCUAUGAUCUUGUAGUAAAUAGUAAAAUACGACCCUUUUUAAAUAUUAAAGUGUGAAUAAUACAGUCCAAUUCGUCCUUAGAGUUGAAUUUGUAGAGUACAGAGACUCAUAAGUGCAUCGCUGAAGGAGGAUCUUUUAACAAUUGAUGGUGGGUAUAGUUUCCCUUUCUUUGGUUUUGUAACACAGAACGUUUUGAGAUCUCUCUUAUUUUCAAAACGCUUUUGAAACUUUUACGUUUCAAGAAACACUCCUCAACGAUGGGCGAUUUGAUACAUGAAGUUUUUGAUAAAGUUCUGUGUGGUUGCCAUUCGCCUGUCAGUAUUUGAUAAAGUUCAUCGCAGCGGCUGUUUCACUGAGAUUUGAUAUACUUCGACAUUUAGCUUUGCAUUCUACUGAAAGCAACCGAAAUCAGCAAUUACUGGUUCGUGUAUUUGUUAUAUCAGUUCUAUUUGCCAAUAUAUCUCCCUCCAUUGCAACCUGGGCAAUGAAGAGAAAUCAGCUUAGCAUACCCAGCGUGGCUUUAUCUCUACUAAGGCAGUCUUCAUGCCACCAUAACUUAAAAACUCUAUAAUAUGUCGCAAUAACCCUUUGGUGUUUUGUUACUUUUAUUCAAUUUACUUUGCAUGCGAAAUAUAUGUCAAUAGCUCGUUCAAAUGUUUGAUAAAUAUUUAAAAGUGACCUACUCUCUCAAAAACUUUUUAACUUGAAAAUCUGGCCACUUGAUUUCAAGAGAUAGUGUUCUUGGUGUUUUUAAUAUUAACAGAUGCUAAGGAUAAAUAUGUAAAUUUUUAAUUUCGAGGCAUGUGCUACCCAUAAAUGUUUCAAAAGCUGAAAUGUAAACUGAAAAUAGCUUAUGAAGUUCGGAUGACAUUCUAGUUUUCGCAAAUUCACGACAUUUCCAUUUAUCCGUAAAAAUUUGAAAAUUGAGAGGAAAAGUUUCGAUAAAUACCAAAAGAACAUAAUGGGAUAGGGAAGGAGGCUCCUUGUCCAGGCCGUGGGAAAUGUCAAAUUCACUUACAAUACAAUGGAUUGCAUGGAAUUUUUCUGGCUAAGAUGAAGGCUUAUGGUGUCAACAGUAGAAGUUGUAUGCUUUUGAAAGUUUACUUACAAGGUAGGAUGCAGCGGGUGAAAGUAGGUAAUACAAGCUCUGAUUGGCAAGAUGUCAGGCGAGGAGUACCUCAAGGCAGUGUUCUUGGACCGAUGUUUUUUAAUAUUUUUAUAAAUGACUUAUUCCUACAAAUUAAAACUGUACAAUUAAAUAUGUAUGCAGAUGAUGGUCAACUCUACCCUGCCGAUACGGACUGGUAUCUUUGGAAAGGCGUAUCUCGCGUGAGGUAAGCUCAGCAAAUGCCUGGUAUGAGAUCAAUGGAAUGAUAGCAAAUCCCAGCAAACACCAAGGGAUGAUACUAGGAAAAACUGAUCAUCAGUUUAAUUUCUCAGUAAAUGACUCAGUGGAACUUUUUGGCGUUAAAAUUGAUAAAGAUCUUACGUUUAAGCAACAUGUGCCCUCUAUAUGUAAAAAGGUAAACAAUUAGUUUAGCGUUAUGACAAGGUUCGGCAAACUGAUGUCUACUGAAACCAUGCUACGUCUUCAUAGGGCAUUUAUACUUCCUCACUUUUAUUAUUGUUCUAUGGUGUGUUAUUUCUCUCGUAAACAAGAUUCUUAUAAAUUGGUUAUUUUCAACAAACGUAUUCUUCGAUUUAUUUUCAAGGAUUUUAACUCUGAGUACAAUAAUUUACUUAAAAGGGCAGGAACUGUAAACCUUAAGGAUAAGCGUUUACAAAACAUGAUUCUUACUAUUUUUAAAUGUCUACAUUUUUCUGAUUAUCCAAAAUAUUUAAAAGAUAUGUUUCGGUUGCGCUCUAGCACCUAUUUUUUAA